CCGCUCCCCUCUCUUCUUGGCCUUUCGACUUCUUCCUCCGAUCCGAUCUCUUCUUCUCUCCCCCCCAACCCUAGCCCUGCCCCUCCACGAUCGACGCUUGGUGGUGCCAGUCGCAGCGAACUCCGCUGGAAUCUUUCCCCAUUUCUCCAUCGAACGAUCCAGAGGCUGGUGACGAGGAGGAGAUGAGCACCAAGGGAAACUGGUCGCCGCCUUCGGUGAGCGGGAGGCUGGUCACGCUCGGGCUGGUGGCGUCGUGGUACUCGUCCAACAUUGGGGUGCUCCUGCUCAACAAGUACCUCCUCAGCAACUACGGCUUCAAGUACCCGAUCUUCCUCACCAUGUGCCAUAUGACCGCCUGCUCGCUGCUCAGCUACGUGGCCAUUGCCUGGCUGCGGGUGGUGCCGAUGCAGACCGUGCGCUCGCGGCUGCAGUUCGUCAAGAUCGCCGCGCUUAGCGUCGUCUUUUGCGGCUCGGUGGUCAGUGGGAACGUCUCGCUUAGGUAUCUGCCCGUCUCGUUCAACCAGGCGGUGGGGGCGACCACGCCCUUCUUCACAGCGGUGUUCGCCUACAUCAUUACUGUAAAACGGGAAGCCUGGCUCACUUACGUCACCCUCAUCCCGGUGGUCGCCGGCGUCGUUAUUGCCAGUGGGGGAGAGCCAAGUUUCCAACUGUUUGGUUUUAUCAUGUGUAUAAGUGCAACUGCUGCAAGGGCACUUAAGUCAGUAUUGCAAGGAAUACUGUUGUCUUCAGAGGGGGAAAAGCUAAAUUCAAUGAAUCUGCUCCUACACAUGGCUCCGAUAGCAGUUGUUUUCUUACUUCCUGCUACAUUAGUUAUGGAGAAAAAUGUGGUCAGCAUCACAUUGGCACUUGCUCGAGAAGAUAACAAGAUUAUAUAUUACCUAUUGUUUAAUUCUGCUCUUGCCUAUUUUGUGAAUUUGACCAACUUUUUGGUGACUAAGCACACUAGCGCUUUGACACUCCAGGUUCUUGGAAAUGCCAAAGGUGCCGUUGCAGUGGUUGUCUCAAUUCUAAUAUUUAAGAACCCUGUGACAGUGACCGGGAUGCUUGGCUACACCGUCACAGUAAUUGGAGUUAUUCUCUACGGUGAAGCAAAGAAACGUAACAAGUGAUUGUCCUCAGAAACAACCAUCAGUGGUUGCAGCGGCAUUGGAUUAACUGAAGCUGGAGUUUGGUUAGCUCAUGCACGCCACUCAUGCAUCCUGUCUGCACCUGAUUCUUUUGUCUGAAGCCUGGAAACAUUCCCAUCUUAACACCGAAGACCAGUUAGCAAAUAGGGAUAGAAAGUGCCAACAACUAAUUGGCUUCAUUUAUUUUGGGAGUUGCAUUCUUUUCUAAAUCAUUUUGAUUGAGGUUCCAAUGAACAGAACUCUUUGUGAGAGGAUCAUGUUCCAUUUUACUCGUGUACUUUAAUGAGUUACAUUCUUUACGAUUACUAACAGUUCACUUCUAAGAGGAUCAUAGGCGUAUUUUUUUUGUUAAUUGAUGUAUCGUUUAACAUCUUUCAUCAUACAUCAGACAACAAAAAUGCCUAUAUUUGUUCAUUUUUUUGGUGUUGGAUAAUGUCAUGCUUCUUUUUCUUGGUCUACCAAGCCAAAGAUGGCAUUGUUUAUCAUAGACUUGUGCCUUGAGGAAACCUUAGUGAAGUCUAACCACAAAUCUGUUUGACUAGCCUUCUAAGUUUUAAAUCUACCUGAUAUAGAUGGAAAGAUUUGAUGUCAUGUGCUGCUCGCAGAUAUUGCACCUAUCUAUAUCUUUAUAAGCUUCACAUAUUCCAUAUCGAUCAUGCUUUUUCAAACUUGAACUUGUAGAUGUUUAGAUGUAGUCAUCAGGAGGGAUAAAAUAGAGGGCCACCAACCUUUGUUUACUGUAUCUAAAUUAACUUCUCAAGUAGCAGUUUUGUAGGAUGUGAAAUUUGAUUUGCUAAUGCAGUUAUAACAAGUGAAUAGCAAUCAUAGGCCCAGUUCUCUUAAGCCAAUAUGAGCCUCACCUCUAGUGAUUUAAUUGUUAGCCAACAAUUUGCCUUAUCGUUAGUCAUCUUGAUCACUACAUUUUAUCUGUCAGAUAAAUAAUAACUUAUAUGCAUUCUAAUAAUUCCAUAAAUCACAGAUAAACCUUGACUAUCCCGACGAAGUUCAAGGUCACUAAUAUUUGAGAGCAAUCGCUCAAAGUAUGGGCCUUUCAGUCUUGAUCAGGGAGUGUGUUUCUCAUUCCCGAUAAGUGGUCACAAGGUUGCGGGAUUUCAUGGUAAUGCAGGCUGGUACCUUGAUUCCGUUGGAUUUUACCUGAAGCAGGUGAGGAGUCCCAGUCUGUCAAAAGCUUUGGUUCCAUUUCAAAGUCUAGCAGCCAGCAUGGAGGGGACUGCUAGUCAGGGAUAUGAUAUAGUUCUUGUAGUAAGAGGAAGGGGGCAAAACUUUACAGUUCUGUCAAACACAAACACAAGGGAGCUGGCAUGGCCUUCCCAGGACUAUAGAGCUCUAGAUCUGAAGAAUAAGGUAUGAUAUCCUAACUGAAUUAUAUUGCUUUUAACAUUGUCAAUUAGAUAGAGCUAAAGAUAGAUGUUCAUUUUGAUGAAUGAUUUUAUAGUUUUUGAGCACUCAUUCUUGUGCACAUCAGCAUACAUUUUCAAAUUGUAAGCAAUUUGAAAAUGUAUGCUGAUGUGGGAUCAAAUUCUUUUU